CGGCCGAGAUAUCUCUUUGUGAAUUGCAGUAGGCUACUGUACACUCGGGGCGGAUUUUGACCUCGCUACUCUCGAAGCAUCACUAAUCUGCGGAUGACAUUCAUGCAUAGACCACUACUGGAUUUAUUUCCAGAAAUUAUUUCCGCUAUUGAACCGAAAACGUAAAAACAGCAAGGACAUUAUCAGGCUAGAAUAAGACAAUAGACAAAACGUAUUCGGGUAUGACGGUUAAAAUGCCGGUUGGUAUUGUAUCACUGCACUGGCGUUGCAAUUUAUUGUAGCUAUGCAGACCUUAAUACUGCAUUUGCCCACAGAUUCCAUCCACCAGUACUGCCUGACAUUAUCCACGAGCGAGUCCGGGUAGUCUAUUGCAGUAAUUUUUGCUUCAACGGUUUGUAGGUGACACAACUUGUGGGAAUCUAAUGUUGACAGCCUAGCUGUUUUGGGAGAUAUUUUAUAUCGGCCAAAUAUUAUCCACGAGAUACAACUUGGUCCCAUUGUCAUUCAAUGUCCAAUAGUGCCAUUCAAAAGCUUCCCUAUGGAUGAGCCUGGGAAUGACUUCAGUGGAUCUUUUUGGAAGUGCGAGGCAGGGAUGUAAUGGAUUGGUCCCAUGGCCUGCGAGCUCCCUCUUCCCAGUAUGUCCAGCUUUGGCAAGCCUCCCCUACUCUCCGGAGAAGUGGCAGGCUCUAACUCUCUGGCAUGGGUCAAGCUCUUCAAAAAGCCUGGAGCUGUUGGUGGUGGUGGGGGUCUGGGGAAAUCCUAUCAGCCUGGGAGCAUGUUGUCUCUGGCUCUAACCAAAGGCCUGCUGAACGAACCAGGCCAGAAUAGCUGCUUCCUCAACAGUGCCGUACAGGUGUUAUGGCAGUUGGACAUUUUCAGGAGGAGUUUGAGACAGCUUCCUGGUCAUUUUUGUCUAGGGGAUGCCUGCAUUUUUUGCGCUUUAAAGAGUAUUUUCAGCCAGUUCCAGGAAAGCCAAGAGCGAGCGUUGCCUUCGGAUAGCCUGCGUCACGCCCUCGCAGAAACCUUUAAGGACGAGCAGCGUUUCCAACUUGGCCACAUGGACGACGCUGCAGAGUGCUUUGAGAACAUUCUGGAGAGGAUUCACCUGCACAUAGUUUCUGACACGGCGACUGAGGCCUGCACAUCCAAGUCCUGCAUUACCCACCAGAAGUUUGCCAUGAUACUUUAUGAACAGUUUGUAUGUCGUAGUUGUGGCGCCUCCUCGGACCCCCUUCCUUUCACAGAGCUAGUGCAUUAUGUCUCCACCACAGCCCUAUGCCAACAGGUGGACCGCGUCUUGGGGCAGAACGACAGGAUUCGGUCGGACAUGUUCGGGGAAUUGCUGCAGGCGGCAAACACCAUCGAUGACCUACGUAACUGUCCGAGCAACUGUGGCCAGAGCAUCAAGAUCCGUCGGGUUCUCAUGAACCACCCAGAGAUCGUCACCAUUGGCUUUGUGUGGGACGCAGAACAGUCUGACCUUACAGAGGACGUGGUGAGGUCACUGGGUCCACAUCUCAACCUCUCGGGGCUGUUCUACCGGGUCACUGAUGAGAACGCCAAAAGGAGUGAGUUACAUCUCGUGGGAAUGAUUUGUUUCUCCAGCAAACAUUACUCUGCGUUCGCUUAUCACAGCAAGUCCUCAAAAUGGAUAUUUUUUGAUGACGCCACCGUGAAAGAGAUCGGAUCCAAGUGGAAAGACGUGGCCUCUAAAUGCAUCCGGGGACAUUUCCAGCCACUGCUCCUGUUCUACACUAACCUGGAGGGGACCCCAGUCUCCAGCGAGGAUGCGCCAAGACAAACGAUUAUGUGUCCCCGCUUCAAAGCCCACGCCAAAGUGCCAGUAGGGAUGAAGAAGUUGGAUGCCAUCCGGGAGAAUGCAGGCCCAUUCCGCUCCAACCAGGGGCCCUAUAAGCAGAUGCUACUUCCACCCUCCACCUCAGGCUACAAAAGAGUGAAAGGCCCACCUUGUAGUCCCAACAAAUCCCGGGUUCCUUACAAGGAGACUUCCCAGAGGGUUGUAGAAGGGAUAAAGAAGGAGGGCGAAAGAGGCCGUCGAAAACCAGAUCCACACAAAGAAAUGUCCUAUGCCAGAUCCCCACCUGAGGGCGGGCAGAGGCAGCACGCUGACCAGAGGUUGCGAGGCGGCAGUGGAGCCCGGGCUGACAAGUUGUCAUCCUCCCACCAGAGCAGAGCUUCCCAGGACCCAGACCCACGCUCUCAGUCCGGUGCCCUUGGCGGACACAGUUGGAGACAGGAAACCUCCCCUGGUCACCAAGAACAUGACGGCAGCCAGGACGCGUGGGAUAAAGGCAGCAGGUUGGGAGCGGGCCAUAACAAAGCCAAGCCCUCCUGGAGGCCAAUCCGGGAAGUUCUGAAUGUGGACAGCGUCUUGAACGACCUUGAACGGCGACAACAACAGCAGCACUAUGGCGGUGGUGGUAGCCUCCGGCUCGCUAAACCCUCCUAUCAGGAGAUCCCGCAUGGCAGCGAACAGGACAACCGGGACUGGGAAAAAGAGCGGGAAAAGGAUAAAGAGAGGGAACGGGACCGUCUCAGGAUGAGGGAAGUGUGCAAGCAGCAGAAGUGCUUGAUGACAAUUUACGAGGACGAGCAGCGGCAAGAGACAGAGAGCCACAGCUCCCUCGAAUCGGAGGGCAGGGCAAGUGGGCACGGCGACCAGGGCGGUGGAGGGGAUGGAAGCAGCGGGACUAGGGCCAAGGGCGGGGCCAAAGCCCUGUUGCGCAGCGACACCUGGACCAUCCAGAGAACUGAGUCGGGAUACGAGAGCAGCGACCGGCUGAGCAGCGGCUCCACCAACCCUGACUCGCCAGGGGUGGACAGCUUUGCCGGGAAGGAGCAGCGGUUGACACCAGAGGUGCAGUCUCCGAGGGGUCAGCUUCACCCAAACAGGUGCGAUUCAAAACCUGAUGCGGUACGCUCCCCUUUGCAUCCAGGUAAACAUCAACUGACAACUCAGGGAAAGAAUUGUGACCAUCAAGUUUCACAUCUCCUGAAAAGUAGUCCAAGUUCAAGACAGAAAUGUAGAUACAGCCCCUGUAGUUCUAAGAAAGGAGCUGGUCUGGAGAGGGACGCCAGCUCCUCAGACAACAGGAGCAGUCACAUGAUGGAAUCGCCAGAGAUGAGUAACAACAACAGAGGUGGUCACCAUGGCGAUAGCCCCGCCCUGCGGCGCUUGGGUGAACCCAGCAGCUCGGAGUGGAACAACUCCGACAACCUGACUGGGAAUCUCUCAGAACCAGAGGACAGUGCCUACCGCUCCAGCAACAGCAAGCCCCUUCUGUCCGAGUUGCCCUGUCCUCCCCACCACCUGGCCUUCCACCAACCCCCCCUUAUCGAACUGGAAGAGCCCUCAUCCCAACAUCAGCCCAUCACGCCACCACUACCUCACCCCAAAGCCGCCCAGCGAGCUUCCCCUCACCAGGGGGAUGUUGGCCGCCACUGCUUCCAUCCCAGGCUACUCCAGGAGCCCUCCCAGACCAGCCCCCGGCCCAGCGUCCGGCCCACCUCGGCCUCACAUACCCCUAGUCCCAACCGGAGGUCGGAAUCCAAUGGCCCUCUGCAGAGGCCCUCGUCGGGUGCCAGCUCCAAGUCGGGCUCGGACCCAGAGAGGAGUAACCCGUCGUCGGGCGAAAGUGAGGAGAGGCUGCCCAUCUGCAGGCCACCUGGAGCCGAGUCAGCGGCAGCCCAAGGGGUUUCCCUCACCACGUACUUCAGCGUGGACAAUUGCAUGACGGACACAUACAGACUUAAGUACCAUCACCAGCGACCCCUCCUACUCUCGGCUAUCGUGCCACGAGCACCGACGGAGCCCCGAGAACAUCCCAGCCACCACCUGCACCCCGCAAACACACACUCCAUGCUAGACCCACCCAAAACCCGGCCUGAUGCAGGCCAUAACUGCAAUAAGCCCACUGCAAAAUGGAACCCAGUGACAGCCAGAGCACUGGAUGAGCGUGGCUAUUUGUGAUGGUAUUACCUGGUCUGAUGUCCAUGGAAAAUAAUCUAUUGAACUGGAUGCCAAAGAGUCUGCUGACUGGAAAGGUGUUGCUCCUAGAACUUCAAUUGAAAUCAGUGUCAAAUGCCAAAUCACUGAUGCACUGUGGGGUUACAGAAGUACUUAUAUGUAUUUUGAAGUAAAGAUAGUUUGAUAGUCCACUGUCAGAGAGAAAAAUGUUUAUGUAUGUUGAUAGAAGAGUUGGAAGUUGGAAAGGGCAGUCCAAGGCAUAUUACAGUAGAAUAUAAUGAUAACCUGUUGAAUAUACACUUGCUACAGUGUGACAUUGACCUCUGGGAUCAAGAGGUGUAUCUUUUGGUUUAAGGUAAUGUGCAUCCCUGAUUGUGUGGCCAACACAAAUUUUAUUUCCGAAUAUGACCACCAAAUUCAGCAAUCACAGAAUACAAACACUAACAUUGUGUUUGCAUACUUGUUAUCCUGCUGAAUAGACAACUGUUACAAUGUUAGCCAACCUGCAUGAGGACUUAUAAAGAGGUAACAAUAGUGAUGUGUAGAGUAUGAGCAUGCGCAUGGCAUACUUUACAUUUGUAUCCAACCGACAAAUUCCAAUUGGUUUAUGUUAUUGGGUCUACUUCAAUUAUAUCUUCACUUUUUGGGGGACCUGCCUCCAUUUGUCCACGUACAGUACCAUGCAUGUACUUUAUAGGCCAUGAGAGACAUAAAAAGUACAUGCAUGGAGAGACAUUUAUUUCAACCACUGCUAACUUGACCAACUUUAGCCACUGCCAACCAAAAAGUAAAAGGAAUGAUAGGGGAAAGCUCACUAUGUUCAGAAUCUGUGGCAAAAUCACCUCUAAGUAACAUCAAUCAAUCAAUUAUCCACUGCUCUAAAAAAUAAAGGGAACACUUAAACAACACAAUGUAACUCCAAGUCAAUCACACUUCUGUGAAAUCAAACUGUCCACUUAGGAAGCAACACUGAUUGACAAUACAUUUCACAUGCUGUUGUGCCAAAUGGAAUAGACAACAGGUGGAAAUUAUAGGCAAUUAACAAGACACCCCCAAUAAAGGAGUGGUUCUGCAGGUGGUGACCACAGACCACUUCUCAGUUCCUAUGCUUCCUGGCUGAUGUUUUGGUCACUUUUGAAUGGUGGCGGUGCUUUCACUCUAGUGGUAGCAUGAGACUGAGUCUACAACCCACACAAGUGGCUCAGGUAGUGCAGCUCAUCCAGGAUGGCAAUGCGAGCUGUGGCAAGAAGGUUUGCUCGGUCUCUCAGCGUAGUAUCCAGAGCAUGGAGGCGCUACCAGGAGACAGGCCAGUACAUCAGGAGACGUGGAGGAGGCCGUAGGAGGGCAACAACCCAGCAGCAGGACCGCUACCUCAGCCUUUGUGCAAGGAGGAGCAGGAGGAGCACUGCCAGAGCCCUGCAAAAUGACCUCCAGCAGGCCACAAAUGUGCAUGUGUCUGCUCAAAUGAUCAGAAACAGACUCCAUGAGGGUGGUAUGAGGGCCACAGGUGGGGGUUGUGCUUACAGCCCAACACCGUGCAGGACGUUUGGCAUUUGCCAGAGAACACCAAGAUUGGCAAAUUCGCCACUGGCACCCUGUGCUCUUCACAGAUGAAAGCAGGUUCACACUGAGCACGUGACAGAUGUGACAGAGUCUGGAGACGCCGUGGAGAACGUUUUGCUGCCUGCAACAUCCUCCAGCAUGACCGGUUUGGCGGUGGGUCAGUCAUGGUGUGGGGUGGCAUUUCAUUGGGGGGCCGCACAGCCCUCCAUGUGCUCGCCAGAGGUAGCCUGACUGCCAUUAGGUACCGAGAUGAGAUCCCUUGUGAGACCAUAUGCUGGUGCGGUUGGCCCUGGGUUCCUCCUAAUACAAGACAAUGCUCGACCUCAUGUGGCUGGAGUGUAUCAGCAGUUCCUGCAAGAGGAAGGCAUUGAUGCUAUGGACUGGCCCGCCCGUUCCCCAGACCUGAAUCCAAUUGAGCACAUCUGGGACAUCAUGUCUCGCACCAUCCACCAACGCCACGUUGCAUCACAGACUGUCCAGGAGUUGGCGGAUGCUUUAGCCAGGUCUGGGAGGAGAUCCCUCAGGAGACCAUCCGCCACCUCAUCAGGAGCAUGCCAAGGCAUUGUAGGGAGGUCAUACACGCAUGUGGAGGCCACACACACUACUGAGCCUCAUUUUGACUUGUUUUUAUUUUUAUUUAUUUUUUAUUUCACCUUUAUUUAACCAGGUAGGCUAGUUGAGAACAAGUUCUCAUUUGCAACUGCGACCUGGCCAAGAUAAAGCAUAGCAGUGUGAACAGACAACACAAAGUUACACAUGGAGUAAACAAUUAACAAGUCAAUAACACAGUAGAAAAAAAGGGGAGUCUAUAUACAAUGUGUGCAAAAGGCAUGAGGAGGUAGGCGAAUAAUUACAAUUUUGCAGAUUAACACUGGAGUGAUAAAUGAUCAGAUGGUCAUGUACAGGUAGAGAUAUUGGUGUGCAAAAGAGCAGAAAAGUAAAUAAAUAAAAACAGUAUGGGGAUGAGGUAGGUGAAAAUGGGUGGGCUAUUUACCAAUAGACUAUGUACAGCUGCAGCGAUUGGUUAGCUGCUCAGAUAGCUGAUGUUUGAAGUUGGUGAGGGAGAUAAAAUUCUCCAACUUCAGCGAUUUUUGCAAUUCGUUCCAGUCACAGGCAGCAGAGUACUGGAACGAAAGGCGGCCAAAUGAGGUGUUGGCUUUAGGGAUGAUCAGUGAGAUACACCUGCUGGAGCGCGUGCUACGGAUGGGUGUUGCCAUCAUGACCAGUGAACUGAGAUAAGGCGGAGCUUUACCUAGCAUGGACUUGUAGAUGACCUGGUGCCAGUGGGUCUGGCGACGAAUAUGUAGCGAGGGCCAGCCGACUAGAGCAUACAAGUCGCAGUGGUGGGUGGUAUAAGGUGCUUUAGUGACAAAACGGAUGACACUGUGAUAAACUGCAUACAGUUUGCUGAGUAGAGUGUUGGAAGCAAUUUUGUAGAUGACAUCGCCGAAGUCGAGGAUCGGUAGGAUAGUCAGUUUUACUAGGGUAAGCUUGGCGGCGUGAGUGAAGGAGGCUUUGUUGCGGAAUAGAAUGCCGACUCUUGAUUUGAUUUUCGAUUGGAGAUGUUUGAUAUGAGUCUAGAACGAGAGUUUGCAGUCUAGCCAGACACCUAGGUACUUAUAGAUGUCCACAUAUUCAAGGUCGGAACCAUCCAGGGUGGUGAUGCUAGUCGGGCAUGCGGGUGCAGGCAGCGAUCGGUUGAAAAGCAUGCAUUUGGUUUUACUAGGGUUUAAGAGCAGUUGGAGGCCACGGAAGGAGUGUUGUAUGGCAUUGAAGCUCGUUUGGAGGUUAGAUAGCACAGUGUCCAAUGACGGGCCGAAAGUAUAUAGAAUGGUGUCGUCUGCGUAAAUUGGUGAUAAAUUUGAUUUCCACUGAUAAUUUUUGUGUGAUUUUGUUGUCAGCACAUUCAACUAUGUAAAGAAAAAAGUAUUUAAUAAUAAUAUUUCAUUCAUUCAGAUCUAGGAUGUGUUAUUUUAGUGUUCCCUUUAUUUUUUUGAGCAGUGUAUUUAUAAAGCCCUUUUUACAUCAGCAGAUGUCACAGUGUGUAUACAGAAACCCAGCCUAAAACCCCAAAAGCAAGCAAUGCUGAUGUAAAAGCAUGAACCUAGGAAGAAGAGGAACCAGGCUUUGAGGGGUGGCCAGUGCUCUUCUGAAUGUGCCGGGUGGAGAUUAUAAGAAUACAUGGCCUUUAAGGCCAGAUUGUUCUUCAAGAUGUUAAAACGUUCAUAAAUAACCAGCAGGGUCAAACAUUAAUCACAGUGGUCAUAGAGGAUGCAACAGGUCAGCACCUCAGGAGUAAAUCUCAGUUGGCUUUUCAUGCCCGAGCAUUCACAGGUCGAGAUUGUUGAAAGAGUAGAUCCGGCAUAAGGUAACCGGUUCGAUAAACAGGUCAGGGUUCCAGGCAGAACAGCAGAAACUUGAUCAGCAGCACAACCAGGUGGACUGGGGAUGGGGACAGCCAGGAGUCGCCAGGUCAGUUAGUUCUGAGGCAUGGUCCUAGGGCUCAGGUUCUCUGGGAGGGGAGAAAGCGAGAGAGAGAUUUGAGAAUUAGAGGAAGCAUACUUAAAAUCACACAGGACACCUGAUAAGACAGGAGAAUUACACCAGAUAGGACAGACUGACCCUAGCCCCCCGGCACAUAGACUAUUGCAGCAUAGAUACUGGAGACUGAGACGGGGGGGUCGGGGGCCCUGUUCGACGAAACCCCCGGACAGGGCCAACGAGGCAGGAUAUAACCCCACCCACUUUACCAAAGCCCCCACACCACCAGAGGGAUAUAAACAAACCACCGACUUUCUACCCUGAGACAAGGCGGAGUAUAGUCCGAAAAUAUCUCCCCCACCGCACGAGCCCAAGGGGUGCAAAAACGGACACGAAGAUGACGUCGAGAAUAGUGAAAAAAGCUAGACCCCUCCUAGGGACGGCAUGGGAAGUCAGUGACUUAGCCCCAGUAAUUGGAUCAAAGAGAAUACCAGUGGAGAGAGGGAACCAGCUAGGCAAAGACAGCAAAGGUGGUUUGUCACUCCAGUGCCUUGCCAUUCACCUUCACACCACUGAUUUGAAGGUAUUUAAGUUGAUUUUGUCGUGCAAUGUUGAACAUGGUGAGCUUGCCCCUAUCACUCCCAUUGUUAGUAGUGGCUAUUUAAACAAAUCAAAGCUGUGGGUGACAGUUUAUCUGGCUCUGUAGACUACUUUCAGAGUAAGUGGAAAAAAUAGAGUCUGAAAACAGUGAAAAUAACCUUUUAAGUUGUCAUUAUUAUUAUUUGUUUAUUCAGUGAAGAUAACGGUAGGGAUUCAAUAUGAUCACGGGUUAUAGACAUUGUAGCUUUUAAAGGCAAUGUUCCCACAUUCACGGAGAUCCUAUUCACGGUAAGUGCUGAUAAUGUUGUCUCAAUCUGAAUAUUAGCAUAGUGUCCCAAGGUGUGGAAUACUAAUGUAUGCAAGCAUGAUGGUGUCAAUAUGUUUUUGUCAAUGCCUAUAACCUGCGAUCAGAUUCAAUCCGGGCCAAGGUGUGGGACACUAUGCGAGCAUGAUUGUGUCAAUAUGUUUUUGUCAAUGAGACCCAUAGUAUCGCAAUUUAAGGUGCAAUUUAUUACAAUUUUGAUAAAGAUGAUAGCAAGUUGUCCUCUAGAUGUUUUUGAAUGAAGCCAAACAAAUAUCAUUCACAUUAGAAUUCAUUUUAUACCGUUUUCAUUGUAUAAGUCGGGUCAUUUCCUGUCAAAAACCAGGAACAAUAACUUCUACUUAUUUUCAUGUUUUUUUUUUACAUAAAUCAUUUUGAUAUUUCACAUUGUGAUUGGAAAAUAGGAAUACAUUAUUUAUUUUUUAAGUAGUCUUAAGUCAGUUAAGGACAAAUUCAGCCUACUGGAGAACAGUGGGUUAACUGUCUUGUACAGGAGCAGAAUGACAGAUUUGUACCUUGUCAGCUCGGGGACUCGAUCCAGCAACCUUUUGGUUACUGGACCAAUGCUCUAACCACUAGGCUACCCGCCUACAUGUUAGGUAAAUAACCCAAUGGGAAAUGGCUUCAGUUUUGGUGAUAAAAGGCCCAGUGUAGAUUUUUCCCGUGUUCUAUAUAUAUUUCCAAACUAUGAGGUUGGAAUAAUACUGUAAAAUUGUGAUAAUUAUAGUGUAAGAGCUG